AUGGCAGAAGAAAGUGUAUUUCGGAAUCUCCUGGAAAUCCUGAUGAGCGCCUCAAGUGAAAUUGAGCAGGCCUGCAAGGGCUCCUGUGAAUUGGUAGAUCUAGACACCUGCCUGCUGCUCAUAGCAGAGUGUUUCAGAUGUCUGAGGAAUGCCUGUGUUGAGUGUGCCAAGAAUCAACAUGUCAUGAGGAACUUGGGUCUCAUCUCUACGUCUGUCCAUUUGAUCAAAUUGCUUAAUGGAAUACAAAUCAAAGAAGAAUUGUUACUGACUGCUCUUCGUUGUAGUCUCCAGUUUCUUGGAAACAUUGCAGCAGGAAAUGGAGAUUCCCAGAAUAGCAUUUGGAAGUGUGCUUUCCCAGAUCUCUUCUUGAAAUGCCUAACGUACAGUGAUGAGAAAAUCGUUGCCUAUUGUUGUAUGGUCCUGUUCACUUGCCUUAAUUCAGAGAAAGUGAGAGAACUACUGGAUCCUGGGAACUUGCCUGUGGUUCUUCAUGUCCUGAAAGUCUACAGAGAGCAGUUGGAGUCUGAGUGGUCGUUCUUGAUUGUUACAGACCAUUUGCUGAAAUGUCCAGUGUUGGUAAAAGCCCUCUAUGCCAAACUGAGCAAUCAAGAAAGAGUUACUUUGUUAGAGCUGAUAAUGGUGGAAGUCAGUCAGAACAACCCAGUUACCAGUGAAGAAAUGAAUGUGUUCAUGAGACAUGCUGACUUCAUUGCAAGCUGUUUCCAAGAGAAAUGUGAAGCUGUGCUCAAGUUAACUUCUGCAGCAGAUGCAGAAGAUGAGGAAGCACUGGUUACAAUUCGUCUUCUUGAUGUUCUUUGUGAAAUGACAUCAAAAAACAGACAGCUAGAACAUCUACAGGCUUUGCCUGGUUUGCUUGAAACAGCCAUAGAUACCCUGAGAUUAACUCAUCUUGCUGGGAAACAGGCUGUAAAUAUUUUCACCGCCACACAUGCUAUGACAGGGCAGGAAGAAAUUUCACAUCCAGCUGUGGGUUUUAAAUCUCAUCUCAUUCGUUUGAUUGGAAAUUUGUGUUACAAAAAUAAGGAAAAUCAAGACAAG